AUGGCCGAGACAACAAACCAGGACGGUGCCUUGGCUCCGCCUGGCAACACAUCAUCGAAAGAGCAGCAUGAUACGGAUCAGACGCACAUGCUCCGCACAAUUAGCAUGGAUAUCCGGGAAGAACGCGAACAUCUCAAAAAGGUCGCGGAGCAAUCCAUGAACGCCAUCCUGGAGUUGGAGCUGGAUGGCAAGGUCAAAUGGGCGAGUGCCUCAUGGAAAGACGUCACGGGCAAGUCUGGGUCGGAGAUUCUGGGCAAGAACAUCGCCGACGUGCUCGUGGGCAGCGAGAACGUGUUUGCCGAAUGUGUCGAGUCGAUGAGGAACGAUGACUCCAAGUCUCGCAUUGUCCGAUUCUCGGUCAUGGGAAAGUCUCCACAACCUCCGGCUGACGACCUUACCCAAGAGACUGCUCUGACCCCCGAGAAUGCCGCCGAAAAAGAGCCUGAAGAUGAAACGAUCGAUCUUGAAGCUCAGGGUAUCAUGGUGUACGACAGACAGACGGGCCAGGAGAGUCAUACAAUGUGGAUGGUGCGCCCGGCCAUUUCGCGCGAAAUCACCAUCGACUUGCCUACUGUACUUGUUGAAACGCUUGGCGUCGGAGCCGAAGUCCUCGUGAACCAUCUCACGAUGCUGACCGAGGCUUCUGAAGAUGGCCCCCAGAGUCGCCCAAACCCACUACCGGUGCUUUGCCGAAUCUGUGAACGCCAGAUUACCCCGUGGUGGUUCGAAAAGCACACCGAACUCUGCGCAGAAGACCACCGCGCCGAAGUCGAAGUGCAAGAAGCUCAUGACGCGCUCAACGAGCAACGAUCGGCGCUUGUCAAGGUGUUGGAUGCUCUGGAUGCGCAAACAAGAGCAACGAAGCAUCCCACUGGUGAAUCGGGUUCUCCAACACCCGUACCGAAAGCGGAAUACAAAGGCCUACCGAUCGGCCCCAAUUCCGUCCCAUCAUCAGGACACUCAUCCGGGCGAAGCUCUCCGGCUCACCUCGCCGCGCUUUCUCGUGAGUCUUCCGUUGGCCAUCAACGAGCCAAGUCAUUCCUCGUUCGACGGCCUUUGGCAAGAAUUGUGGAGCUGGUGCUGGAUCUUUGCGAUACCGCCAUGGAGAUUAAUACCCCCAGUGUGAAGGAUUCCAAGGCCUGCGCCCCCGGCGAGAUUCGCACCCAGUCGCCUCAAUCGGAGAACCACAUCCAGCAAGUCUUGCAAUGGCAAUCUCCUAGCGCAAGCGCUCUGGAAAAUGAGCAAGGGCUGGCCCAACUAUGUGAUGACACUUCGCAGCUGGCCAAGGCCAAGGUCGAUGCCGUGUUCCGCCACCGCAGAUUUCUGGAAUACUUUGAACGUAUUCGCAUCGAAUACGAGGUUUUGGUCGCGGAGUGCAUUGAAGAAGCCCUGCAGAAAGCCGAUCGACUCAAGGCAGGGGAUAUCAGUGAUUCGGGCGAAUCGAGUGAAGACUCUUCGCAUUAUGAAACUCCAGAGCAGCAGUUGGAGCCGGAAGACGACACGAUCAAAGUCGCGACCGAGAGUGGCCAAGCUGCGCACACCGAGCCAAUUGAUGUCCCUUCAAGAAAGAUCACGCCCAGUCCGUCGUCCAUGGCCAUGGCUCUUCGCAAUGCGUCGGAUCCUUCCCUGGUUCGCCGACCUUCUUCCGUGGGAUCGUCGCGAACAAGUAGCCCUCAUGGAGGAGCUGCAACGCCAAAGUCGUACGGCGGUGGCUUCGUAGAUCCUGCGAUGCUAUACAAACGCGGCUCAAUCGCCAUGGAGAGCGACGCCGGCGCCGAAAGCGACAGCAGUAUGCCCUCUUCUAUUGCCUCGGGCGGGCCUCGUCGUGUGGACUCUCCCAGCGCCGACAUGUCAUUAAGUCGAGUUACGAGCACACGGUCAAGAGAACGAAAGCGCCAGAGCUUGGUCCUGCCGAGCCUUGCUGCUGGCGCCAACCGCCUCCCUUCUCCCGGACGAGGUCCCGCCGCGCCUGCGUCUCCCCUUCGAAUGGCCAAGCCUAGGCUUCCUAGCGGUGCCUUGAGCGCCUCCGAUUCUGUUCCCUCCCCAAUUACCUCGCCCAUAUUGUCCCAUAGCGAAUUCCACUCGCCCGUCAUUCGAGGGCAGGCUCCGAGGCAUCAUCGCCGACAGUCCUCGGCUGCGUUUUCUGAAUCGCUCAGGCGACCGGGCUCACCGCACUUGUCUGGUGUCGUCUCCAACCCGCAGCCCCGUGCCCCGCAGACAUCCAUCAAGGACUUUGAGAUCAUCAAGCCGAUCAGCAAAGGGGCAUUUGGAAGCGUGUACCUGGCGAAGAAGAAGUCACUCGGCGAUUACUACGCGAUCAAAGUACUCAAGAAAGCGGACAUGGUGGCGAAAAAUCAAGUGACGAAUGUCAAGGCGGAACGACAGAUUAUGAUGUGGCAAGGCGAGAGUGACUUCGUUGCGAAGCUGUACUGGACCUUUUCGAGUAAGGACUACCUCUACCUGGUCAUGGAGUACCUGAAUGGUGGAGAUUGUGCAUCCUUGAUCAAGGUGCUAGGCGCUUUGCCGGAAGACUGGACGACCAAGUAUAUUGGCGAGGUGGUGCUUUGCGUACAGCACUUGCACAGCCGGCAGAUCGUACACCGUGACUUGAAGCCGGACAAUCUCCUCAUCGAUGCCAAAGGCCAUCUGAAGCUAACGGACUUUGGUCUGUCUCGCAUGGGUCUCAUUGGAAGGCAAAAGCGCGCGAUCAAUGCGUCUCCUGACGAUGCGCCGCCCGAUCUCCUCAAAGCUGGCCCCUUCAAGCGUGCGACCUCCAUCACGUCGUCGCGGUCGACAUCCUUCGAUUUCCCUGGAGGCGGCUACUCUCCCGCUCAAACGCCAGCUCUGCACCCUGCUGUUGGCAAUGAUCUCCACCAACCAUCAUACUUCAACCUGUAUCGCGACAGUUCCACCUCGCGCGAUCUCUCGCGUCGGACUUCCGGCCAUAGGAGCGACAGUGCCGACAGUGAUGCAUUGUCCACUGCCUUUCGAAGGAUUUCAAUUGCAGAAGGCAGGACCCCCAUCGAAGAAGAGACGCACAGCGAAGAAGGAACCCCUGGCGAGGCGACCGAAGGCCACGUACUCCAGCCUGUGGGAAGUAAUUCCAGUGACUCCAAACCAGACACGCAUGCGCAGCUUGCCAUGCCUCCGCCGGCUAUGGCUCUCUUCGACCCCGAAGACAGCACCAGACGCUUCGUUGGAACACCUGAUUACCUAGCUCCGGAAACAAUCAAAGGUGCAGGGCAAGAUGAAAUGAGCGAUUGGUGGUCCCUCGGAUGCAUUCUGUUCGAGUGCUUGUACGGAAGGCCUCCUUUCAAUGCUCCGACGCCGGAGGAAGUGUUUCAGAAUAUCCUGAACCGAAGAAUACACUGGCCAGCUGAAGAUGAGGAAGACGAGGUCUCGGCUGAGGCUAAAGAUCUCAUGAACAAGCUGAUGUGUCUGGAUCCCAAGGAGCGCCUUGGCUCAAACAAAGACGACAAGUACGCAAAUGGCGGAGAAGAGAUCAAGGCGCAUCCGUGGUUUUCUGAGAUCAACUGGGAUACGUUACGCGAGGACCAAGCAUCGUUUGUCCCCGCCAGCGAGAACCCCGAGGACACGGAGUACUUUGAUGCCCGAGGUGCCAGUAUGGAGAAUUUCGCUGCGGAGUUUGAGGAUCAAACGUCUUCUCCCGCCCAUACACCUGGCGCUGACUAUCUUGAUCGCCCGCACGAUGCUCUAUCCCAUGUCCGACAUCAGGUCAAUGCCGCCGUCAGACGCAGCCUGAUGCCGUUGCACAUUCCACCCCAUGUGCGAGAUGUUCGGAGUCGGAGGUUGAGCGAGCCUGUCGUUGCUGACGACUUUGGUAACUUCCAGUUCAAGAACCUGCCGGUACUUGAGAAGGCCAACAAGGAUGUGAUUCAGAAGCUUCGUGCAGAUGCAAUGCAAGCCCAGGCCAGGACCGCGGCCGGGACUGCAGUCAGUUCAGCGGCUGCCUCGCCUUCGCCAGCACCCUCCCUCGAGUCGAGUCCGAUACUACAAAUGCCGCUGAGUCGCACUUUAUCGGCUACCAGAGGGCCUCGUUCGCACUCGCCUUCAGUAUCGAGCAGCCAAGCGGAAUCUUCGCCCAAUCGCAACCCGCAUGUCGCGUCGCCAAUGCUCGUGCAAUUCUCCACGGGCCUGCACGAACGCCGCAAAACGUCAAGCGGGUCUUCUCAUUUGUCUCAGCAGACAGGCAACCCCAACUCCUUACAGCCCGGCUCCUUUUUCGACCAGCCGCCCAGGCUGCCAUCCACUCACAAAGUGCCCUCCAACGCAUCCUCACCUGUCAAAGGGCCGAGGCCAACUUCCAUUAACAUCUCCAUGUCGAUGGACCGAGGUGUACCGGAGCCGCGGCAAAGCAGUGUUCCAUCUUCCCGACAGCGCUCCCACACCCUCGGGUCUGCAGAUGGUGAUCUCGUGCCUGAACUCGUGCCGUCCCAUCACAAGCGCAGAAGCGGCGUGUUUGACGUCUCGCCAUCUUCGUCCGACAACGAAGACACGCGGCAGAAGGCUGCUCUUCUUCGGGUGCAUCGGCGGCGGACGAGCUCGAGACGACUAUCGGUAGUCAGUCUGGCCGACGGCCCUGCCUUCCGAACGCUGGAUGUGCUCAUCUGCGAAGAUCAUCCCGUUUCGCGCCUUGUCAUGGAGCGCCUGCUGGAGAAGUUGAGAUGCCGGACCAUCUCUGUUACGACUGGCACAGACGCCGUACAGUACGGCAUGAGCGACGUCAAGUUCGACAUCAUCCUGAUGGAGUAUCGACUGCCGCACAUGAAUGGAACGGAUGUGGCGCGUAUGAUCAGAGAGACGCACAAUCCCAACGCGCGCACUCCGAUCGUCGCCGUUACUGGAUAUCUCAAGGAGCUACCGGCCACGCAUCACUUCGAUGCCAUGAUCGAGAAGCCUCCCACUCGCGAGAAACUCGAAGACGUCCUCGCCCACCUCUGCCAGUGGAAGCCUGCACCUGAAGGCUGGCAGCCGAGCGCAGCACAGCCCUUUGCGCAGUCCAGCCUACGUCGAGAGUCGCAAGUCCGUGAUGACAGCCCCACCACCACCAACUCAUCCGGCUUCGCGGGCUUUGGGCCGGCACUGUCUAGCAGUCGAGGAGAUUCAAUCGACUCCAGCCAAACCGGGGAAACGGACAGUCCAUAUGGCAGCGUACCCGUCAUCGUCAGCCGUCAAGCAACAGGCGACUUCGACCAGUUAGAACUCGAGCGCAAUUUCGGCGGCCUGGGUAUCUCCUCCGAGCCCAAAAUCGACGAAGCCCUGCCCGAUGGGCCGCGUCUGAUCGCGCAGUCCUCCGCUCCCGCCGCCCUAGGCACUCCCGACGCCGAGGAGCCCACCGCCGACCCUCCGCAACUCCGCAAGCAGCCCUCCAGCGAGGCCAUCGAAGCCAAGCGCCGCUCAAUCGAAAAGCAGCGCCAAGAGAGUUCCUCCACAGCCGAAAGCGGCGACGACGAAGACGAAGAGCUCGGCCACCUGCGCAGCACGCGCACGCGCACCCGCUCCCCGCGCCGCGUCAUCAAACGCAGCUCCAAGCUCGGGACCGAAAUGAUGCGCACAAACUCUCAAGGCAGCGUCGUUUCCACCGACGAAAUCGGCGGCGCGGGCGCAACGCUGGACCCCUCCUCGUCCGAAAAGACGCAUGUCGCUGGGGGUUUGUCCGAACUCGAUUCCACCGCUUGCCCCAUUAUUGAGGAGUCGGCCGCGGAAGUCGAGGCGGAAGGCAAACUCACUCCGCCUAUGCUCUUCCCGCGCGAACCUGGAGAUCAUGCUGUGGUAUUUGCUAUGGACUCUGCUGCGGAAGAAGGCCGCGGAUCGAACGCAGACGAUGUCGAUGUCACGCCCAAGCCGCACUAUGUGCACGACGAUCCGGAUCCGACGCCCAAGGCUUCGUCAUCGCCGUCCCAUACUGAUUGAGCGGGGAAAGAGGCGGACUGCUUGUGGAAUUUUCCUUUGUUUGAGAUUUGCUUCUUGGGUGUGUGAUGAUACAUAAGCGGGCCACGAUGGAUCUUUGAUUAUGCGGCAUGCUGUUCUUACGAAGCGACGGCGUUUUACGGCGAGAUCUUCAUGGCUUUUCUUUUGGCUGGGGAGGUUCUCCUGCUCUUUCUUUGCGUGCUUGCGUUUGUUGUCAAUGCAAGCACUGCUAUUUCUCGUCUGUAUGGCGGCCUCUAGUUUUCUUUUCGUCUCGACUUCCCUCUUCUGUUGUUGCUUGGAACGGACUCCUGGCGGGUGUUGUAACAACUAGCAGGAUUUAGAGCCAAGUCUAGAAAGUCAAUUCACCCGCUCACUUCACCUUUGUCGAACAUUGAG